GUCGAAUCGAGAAUGCCAGAUAGACCAGCAUCACCGCAACCAGUGCCAAUACUGCCGGCUGAAGAAAUGCUUCCGUGUUGGCAUGCGCAAAGAAGCAGUCCAGCGUGGACGCAUCCCUCCAUCCCACUCAGGCAUCAGUCCCACUUCUUUGGUCGGCGGAGGUGGUGGUACCGGGGCCGGGCCAGUAGGCGGUGAAUUCUUCAACGGCCAGCCUGUGUCUGAGCUCAUCUCCCAGCUGCUCCGUGCCGAACCGUACCCCAGCAGCCGCUACGGUCCCCAGUACGGCCAGCAGCAGCAGAUGCAAGGUGCUGGAGGAGGCUCCAUCAUGGGCAUUGACAACAUCUGUGAGCUGGCGGCACGCCUCCUCUUCAGCACCAUCGAGUGGGCCAGGAGCAUCCCCUACUUCCCUGAGCUACCCGUCUCUGAGCAGGUGGCUCUGCUGAGACUGAGCUGGAGCGAGCUGUUUGUCCUGAACGCAGCCCAGUCCGCCCUGCCGCUGCACAUGGCCCCACUGCUGGCUGCCGCCGGCUUCCACUCCUCACCCAUGUCAGCAGAGAGGGUUGUGUCCUUCAUGGACCAGGUGAGGGUGUUCCAGGACCAGGUGGAUAAGCUGACCCGGCUUCAGGUGGACUCAGCAGAGUACAGCUGCCUCAAGGCCAUCGCCCUCUUGUCUCCAGAUGCGUGUGGUCUGACAGACCCCGUCCARGUAGAGUCUCUSCAGGAGAAGGCCCAGGUGGCUCUGAUGGAGUACGAGAGGAUGCAGUACCCGGGUCAGCCCCAGCGCUUCGGCCGUCUGCUCCUCCGCCUGCCUGCCCUCAGGGCCGUGCCCGCCAACCUCAUCUCCCAGCUGUUCUUUAUGCGCCUGGUGGGCAAGACGCCCAUCGAGACCCUCAUCAGGGACAUGCAACUCUCUGGGAGCUCCAUUAGCUGGCCCUACGUCCCUGGGCAGUGAGGACAGGAGCCUGGGACCCACAGGACCCUGGAGGAACCUGGAACCUAGAACCUAGAAUGGGAUGGAGAGGGAUUAGCCACUGAUGUCAUAAAUGUCUAAAUUCUUGAGGAUUUAGUAGAGGAGGACUAUAUUGCUACUCACUCACACAGAGUCACACACUGAGCUUCCAGUGAAUGGAGCUGGAAUCAAACCAUUGGUAGUUUAGCUGUCCCGUGUUUUCCAAGAAAAUUAUACAUUUGUCUUGGAGUAUAUUUCCUGAUCUGUAUCAUGACCUCUCUAAAUGACCUGUCUGAAACACAGAACAGGGCUCUGGAACACAGAACAGGGCUCUGGAACACAGAACAGGAUCUGGAACACAAGAACAGGACUCUGGAACACAGAACAGGACUCU